UCAACCUGCAAAUUGAGUUCGCAGCUCAGAAUUUCUUGAAUGAGCUCGAAUGUUGAUCAUGAACCAAAGACCCAGCCAUGUCCACUUCCACAUACAUACGAGUAUAUGAUGUAAUUUGUUUGUGCUCAAAUGUUACGUCUGAGUUGCCACUUUCGUUGGCCAAUUGAAAUUUCCACUUGCAUUUUCAUGGAAAACUUGUUUCAAGAGGACCAAGGCAUUUUCUUUUGCAAAGCCAGUUGCUGGCUGGUGGAAAGUGGGCACCUCACCGGAUCAGUAGCAAUUGUGGCUUCAAAGUGGCCACAACAUGGACAACGCUGGAGUGGAAAUUGUAGACCACCAGACGGAUAUUUACCAAGAUGCUGUGGUCUUCAUAACGGGAGCCACUGGCUUUGUGGGCAAAACACUGCUGGAGAAGCUGCUCUGGAGUUUUCCGCAGAUCAAGCGCAUCUACAUGCUAAUUCGGCCCAAGGGUGGGGUCACGGUGGAGGAACGCUUCCGGGGAUUCCUCCUGAAUCCCAUCUUUGAGCGCCUGAGGGCGCAGCAUCCAGAGAGGCUGAAGAAGAUCUUUCACUUCUCUGGCAACAUUGAGGACGACAACUUUGGUUUAAAUGAGUGCGACCGAGCCGUCUUGUGUGCCGAGGUGAACAUUAUUUUCCACAGUGCAGCAACGGUGCGUUUCAAUGAGUGUCUGAAAGUGUCGGCUCGUGUCAAUUCACAGGCCACCUACAAUCUUCUGGAGCUUUGCAAGGAGAUGGCUCAAUUAAGGAGCUUUUUGUACGUUUCCACGGCCUACUGCAAUCCUGGUCGCAAGUACGUGGACGAGCAGGUGUAUCCCACUAUGCCGCCGGUGGAUUGGCGUCAGUUUCUGGCCGCCACCCAGAAAAUUCCCGACGACUAUCUGAACCGCCUGGCCGACUAUAUAAAGGGUCCGCAUGUCAACACCUACACCUUUACCAAGUCAAUUGCCGAGCAGAUCGUGAAUGCAUAUAGACAUGUGAUUCCCAUUGUGAUCGUAAGACCAUCCAUAGUCACUGCUGCCUAUAGAGAACCCUAUCCCGGUUGGAUUGACAAUAUCCAGGCUAUAAGCGGAAUAAUGAUGGAGAUCGGAAAGGGGGGAAUUAGCAGUAUUCUGGGUGACAAAGAUCUUAUAUGCGACAUCAUACCAGUGGACUUUGUGGUCAAUGCCAUGAUCAUGAUGGUCGGCAAGGCGAAGUUGGGCAGCUUGAGCAUCUGUAACGCCACUUCGGGAGUGACCAAUCCCAUCACCUGGCAGCAUCUGGGCGAGCUCACCAUGAAGUGGUCUAGAAUUUUUCCCACACGGCGAAUGAUUAUGUUUCCGAAUUUCAAGUACCGGCGCAGUGCCCUAAAGCAUGAGUUGGCCGUGUGGCUUCUUCAUUUUGUGCCCGCAUUGCUUAUGGACCUUCGAACCCUUCUAUUGGCACAAAAGAAGCGACUGGUCACCCCCAUUGCCAAGAAAUUCCGGCAGGCAUGUCUGGCAGGUAGCUUUUUUUCGCUAAACGAAUGGAUCUUCAAGAACAGAAGCCGCUUCUAUUUCAAGGAAAUGAUUGAUAAUGGCACCUAUCCCACACUCUAUUGGAAUCUGGAGGAGCUGGACUACGAUGAUUAUGUGCGGCGUCACAUGAUUGGCAUCAAUAAAUACCUGCACCGCGAAAACUUCACCGUCGAUUCGAACAAGUUCAUGGUUACCAGGAUUUACUGGUUAUGGAUUUUCCUGCAUUUGUGGUUCUACAUGAUGCUUGUGUAUAUCAUGUUUUAGUCAAAUAUCUUAUAGGUAUCAUUUAAGCAGGUUAACAAGGAAUAAGCAGAAAAAAGAUCAUAUGAAAAGAUCAACAUUUCAGAAUAAUAGCUUGCCUUUUCUGUAAAAUUGUUGAACACGUGGUAUUCGAUUUGCAUUAAAACGCGACAGCAGCUUAUAUUUAAACAUGUCUACACGUGGUAAUUUCAAAUAUGACCGGAAGAGGAUGCGAUGAAUCAUUCUGUCGAUUGAUGACUGAGCUGCGCACUAAAAGCAAGGCUUUUUCGAAUAUUGAUUCGGAUAGAUUUAUAAAUAUUUAAUAUUGUAAAGUACUACAUUUUUUAUUUAAAAAUCGAUAAAGUUGGCAAAAUUUUGCAAGUUCUAACUUAAAACACUUUUUAUUAUUUCACAAAUUAGCUACUUAUUCGUUACUGAAUUACUAAUGGAAAUUAUAGUAGAAGUUUGGUUUUUGGUUA